CCGAAAUCAGGAAGUGUUGAGUUGAGUUACCUGGCUGGUGACUAGACUAGGUUUAACAGUGACAGUCAAUAAUUAAUUCAACUAAUCUGUUGCAGUAUUAGUUGCGCUAUUUUGUAAUUUUACAGAAAUACUGGUUAGUAAUUAACUAUUUAAACCAACCCAUUCAUUCGCUCAUGCUUAUGACUUAUGAACUUAUACUGAUUUCUGUACUGUAGGUACUUGGACAAAAUUUUCAAAAUGAAGACUAUAAAUUAUAAAGCCAAAAUAUAGCUAUAAGACCUAGCUGUACUUCUCGUGCACAGUUGUUAAAUAUUAUUUACUUCAUUUAUUUUAGGCCGAUGAUGGGUAUGGCGAGACACGCCUAAAUAUUAUAUAUGGGUGGUAGCAAAGCGUCCUAAGUAAGCAUAAUUUGCGGCAAUGUUUCCACUUCCAGAGUAAAAAAAAAAAAUACACCUAGAUCUAUCUUAGACUAGGCCUAUAAUAACAGUUUUAUGGCUUUAUGGGAAAAAAUAUAAUCAAACAUUAACUCAUUAACUAGCUUUGACUUUGAGCUUUAACUUAAACUUUAAUAGUUUUUUAUCUAUGAAAACUAUAUGAAAAUGUGAUAAUAAGGGGAGAGACUGCAAUCAGGUUAGUACACAAUAAAAUGAGUAAAACAGAGUAGGGUUAAACCUGAAAAAAUAAACGCAACAAAACAGUGAAUGUGUCGGCAGAAAGCCUUCGUCAGCGAACAAAACAACAGAAAAAACGGUAUAAAAAUAAGAAAUAGCACUUAGCUGGUAAGUAGUAUCUGUGGGCAGCAAUAGAAGUGUGCUGACACAUUCGCUGUUUUGUUGCGUUUAUUUUUCACUGAAGGCUAAAAUGUGUUCAAACAGUAGGCAGAAGCAGGAAAUAUUUAUGAAUUAUUGAUGCAAAGGAAGAUGCCAUUGUAGGGAGAAUGAAUUUUUAUUUUUUAUCGUAGAAAAGGCCUUUUUGACUAACCCUAUUUUGAAAGUGACCAGGCUGACAUUCGCGGAAUUUCCCUCACUCGUAAACACUAGCAGCAAUAUUAAUAGGUAUUCUUUGAUACUGUGUCAGAUUAUGGUUGUGCGUUACCCACUAGCUGACUUUUAACAUUUUUAUCAAAACCGCACUUUGACCAUGUUUUUCUCAUAAAUGCUAUAAAAUAAAAACUUUUAGUUCGAUUUUAAAAGCAGUUUUACCACUAUAAUCAACAUCCAAACCUAUACAAGCAUAAUAAAAACCAGAAUUAUUUUAGUCUGUGAGAUUCGACUGAAACCGUCUCGGAAGGUCACAUUGUAGAGAUGAGUGCUCUCAGGUGACAGGCCGCAAAAUAUUGUCUUGCGGGCCACAAAUUGCCUGCGGGCCCUGACCUUGACAACCCCCCCCCCCCCACCAACGGAAAUUUCUGAAUUCUUAAGCGAUCCCUGACAUUUUAUUAGGCUAACUUAAGGGGGUUUGAGAUCCACAAGGUGAGAACCACUCCCUUAACACAUGAACAUAACAAAAAUAUUUGCGUCAGUGUUGCUUGUUGAUAGCAGUUUUCAUUUGUCUGAUACCAAUGUAUGUAUAAUAUUUUAAUAAAUAUUUAUAUAAUCAUCAUGGCAUUUCCUUGCUAGCAUUCCUUUAGUUAAGCCAAUAUUUUAUAUUAUUAAAUGAGUGUUAAAUUAUAUUACUAUUAUUUAAUUCUAUGACAAAACUUAAGAAAUGAUUCAUACACAAACAUUGGCUAUUCAGUAUCAUCAGCCAGUCAGAACGUGAAAUGAAAAAUUAUUUGUAAAUAGAAAAUGCCAUGUUCAUAACCAAAACCAAAGAUAUGCAUUUUGCUAAGACAAAUAAUUAACAACAUUCGUAGGAAUUACAUAAUUAUUUUCAGAGCUUUGCAGUUUUAUUUAGCUUACAUUUAGUUUAGCACCAAAUGCUAGUCAGUUUUCUAUUAUUUAUUUAAUUCAGGUAGCUAAAAAAAAAUUAGAGAAAAAUAUAUUGAAAAUGAGAAGAGAACUCUUUCUUUUUUUAAUACACGGACCCAGUUCUGUUUUUUUGCCUGGUCUGGUACCAGAUGUGCUAAUACUCAGCAUUUCUGGGUAUUCAGGUCGCCCCCCCCCGGUCACCCAGCCCUACUAUAAAUUAUAAAAUAUAAUCAAUUUAUCCAACUCUAGCCUAAGUUAAGUGCCCUAAGAUUACUUAAUUUAAAUUAAUUAUAAAUAAAUUGAUAUUGACUACUGGGUCAGCUAUGCCGGAUAUGGGUGAUUAUAAUAACCUGUGGCUUAGCUUAUUCUGUGAAGCAACUAAACGUUAGUAACUGCUGAGUAGAGCGCAAUGCUUCCUUCCUCACACAGGCCUAAUAUUAAAUUGGGAUUAACCUAGCCGUAGGGGCUUCAAAAAACAAAUAAAAAAUUUAAAAAACCAACAUCCAUAAGCAUUAGUAGUUUUUGAGCUAAUAAUUAUCUAAAUGUGAGUUCGGUUUUCCUUUUUACUCUCUUUGACUAUGUACCAGUAGUGCAGUGGUAUGGUUUCAGGAUUGCACCACCUCAUUUUGUGACCCUAUUCUCUUGUCUUCAUUUUUAAAGUCUUUCUCUCGGCUUGCAUUUCCAUCUUGUGGAGCGUUAUUUUUUUGUUUACACACGUGACAUUUUAAGAUUGAGUCUUAAGAAUUGUAGAUGAGCACUUUAUACAGCCAAACGAUUCGAAUUUAAUGCAGACAAAACUUAAGUUUGUUUUAUUUUUAUUAAUUUUUGAAAAUAUUUCCUGCCCAGUUUUUCCUUGAUUAAUGCACUCUAAGAAAUUUAAAAUUAUUUUCUCUUUUUUAGUAUGUUUUAACUCAUCUUUGAUAGAAAGUCGUUUUUUUUUGAAGUUUAAAAAAAUAUUUUUUAUUGCAUGCUGCUGCUACUUUAUUACAUAAUGAAUUUAAAAUGUUAAAAUUAUUUCUGUAAGACUUGCUAACUAUACUUUCGUUUUAAAAUAUUUAAGAAUUUGCAUUUUAUUCAGCUAAAUAAUGGCAAUAUUAUAUGCCAUAGCUAACAAUAGUCCACUCAGAAAUUGAAAGGUGCAUAGAUGGAAGAAUGAAUAUUCCAACUAACUCUGUGAAUAUGAUAUUUGGCAAAAAUAUCAACCAAAGAAAGUUUGUUAUUCACUCUGACGUAAUGUCAUGGAUACUGCCCAAUACAUACAUUUUUUACAUACAUGCAAAUAGGGCAGUGUCAAGAAAAAGUAGUGUUCGCAUUGAGGCAUAAAAAUGCAGACCCCAGAUAUAUAGAAAAAAGUGCCACCAAAAAUAAAUAACCCUUGCCUGACCUCUUAAUUCUGGCCAUGUGCUCAAUUUAUUACAAAUUGCAUGUCAAUGAAUGAUGAGCAUAACCUACUGCGACAUCCCCUCCUGCGACAUCCCCUCCUGCGACAUCCCCUCCUGCGACAUCCCCUCCUACCUGACAAUUUUUGCUUUCCCAACUCUACCAGCUUUCACAUUCUUUUAAAGUUUUAAAAUUUGAAACAUAAUUUCUGCCCUUUCAAUGCUGGCACACUUUUAAUUCUGCCCUUUCAAUGCUGGCACACUUUUAAUUCUGCCCUUUCAAUGCUGGCACACUUUUAAUUCUGCCCUUUCAAUGCUGGCACACUUUUAAUUCUGCCCUUUCAAUGCUGGCACACUUUUAUUAAUUCUGCCCUUUCAAUGCUGGCACACUUUUAAUUCUGCCCUUUCAAUGCUGGCACACUUUUAAUUCUGCCCUUUCAAUGCUGGCACACUUUUAAUUCUGCCCUUUCAAUGCUGGCACACUUUUAAUUCCAUGCUCUGAUCCAGAGGUUUUCAAGCAAGGUGCUAGCACCCUUUCAUUUCCAUAAUCCAAUCCAGAGGUUUUUAACUGAGGGGCUGUCAUCCUUUCAUUUCCAUGCUCUAAUCCAUAGGGUUUCCUGCACCCUGGAAUGCCACAUCAAUCCCUUACGGGUGCCACAAAAUAAUUGUUAACUUUUAGCUAAAGCACUGAGCCAAAAUCAAAACAUGUUUUAUUAUUUGAAUUUAUUGCUUGGGCAAUUUGAAAAUUCUCUUCUUAAACACUUUCCCUCGUAACCUUAGCUUGAAGUAUCUGGGACGGAGAUAAAUAUUUUGCCAGUCUUAAGUGUGUAGAUUUUAGGAUGAUUGCACAGCUCCUAUGCUUGUGGGGUACCCGUGCAUAGCCCUUACAAUAUAACAUACUAUUAUUAAUUUGGCCAGGUCAUUCAUAUUCAUUGUUCAUAAUUUACAACCAACAAAAAGGUCGGAGAUACAAGAUAAUCAAAUAAUCAGUCUGUCCUUUUCCUGUACUAUCCCUUAAGUGCAAUCACAUGAAGACCCUAAAGUGAAUUGUUAGCUCCCUGUCUUGCGAAUUACCUGUACAAUCUUUGGAUUUUUUAAAUUUCUACUUGCCAUGGUCAUGUUAAUAUGGUUUGACGUCUUGAUUGCUGUCCAACAGUCAGCAAAAUCUUGCUGGCUUCCAUUAUUUGACUUGAUGUACUCAUCACACAUAUCCAAGGUCUAAUCCAUUUCUUCACCAAAUACAGAGAAGAAGUAUUGGCAUCAGCAAUGACCACUGCAUACAAAAUAGCAUCAGAAACGAACAUUGAACCGGUGUUUAAAGAAUGCCACAUUAAGGGAAGAAAGGGGGAGUUAAAUAUCAGUUUAGAGAUGAGACACAAAAUAUGCCUGAAGAACCUUUUAGGAUAGAAUAUUUCUUGUGGUUAGCAGACCAAAUGUUGCGAUCCAUAAAUACCUAUUUCCAACUGCAAUUGUACUUAUGACAUUUUUGGCUUUCUGUAUGAUAUUCAGCAACUCUGUUAUUUUCCGAAUACUGUGAUGGUCAAUUAAUGUUGACAAUGCCAGUACUUGUUAAAAGUGGAAAAAGAAGUUAAAACUGAUAAAAAAAUUGCUUGCAAGAUUCAAUGUGUCAGGUUUGAAUGGACUUGCUAAGUUAUUAAUAGAACGGGGUGUUGUUACCACCCUUGACUGUGAAGACUCAUUGAAGUGUUUGCCCCAACGAAAGCAAGGAAGUUGAUUUUUCACUAAAAGCCUUGUUAAAGACCCCACAAAUUCAAUUAGCCCAAGGCCCUGCACCCCCUAGCACUGGCCUUGAUGUUCAGAGGAGGCACCCCCCCUAGCACCGGUCUUGAUGUUCAGAGCACGCACCCCCUAGCACCGGCCUUGAUGUUCAGAGCAUGGACCCCCCUAGCACAGGCCUGGAUGUUCAGAGCACGUUACAAGACAUUUAAUGAAGACGCUUGUGAGCCUAGUUACUAUUUUGAAAGAUGUUUAUAUGAACAAUAGAAAUGAAGGAUAUGUUUAACCAAACAUUAAAAUGUGAUCCUGACAUUCACCUCUCCACCAAUAGAGAGUGUGAAAGAAAUCAUAUAUCCAUCGUGUAAGUUGAAGCAUACUGAAAUGUGCUUGACCUCGUGGUAUGACUUGAUAAGAGUGUGCAGUCUAGGGGAUAUUUUAGGAUUAUCUGCACAUGCCUGAAAAGUCUGUGCCCUCAGACCAAGAAUACUUCAUUUUAAGAUCUUUAAAACCUGAUGUGGCGAUUCUUUGGUGUUUACGACACUCACUCUCACACACACACUCACUGAUGCACACACACAGUCACAUAUUUAUAAAUAAAAAUGUGUGAGGGGUACAGUGGGGAUGCAUUAUGUUGUUUAGGAGGCCUUCUAGGGAAAAGUUUGGAAACCACUGCUUCAUUCACUUGUGACACCCUGAGCAGAGUGGUCAGCAAUGCCUUUAAGUCUGUUCCCACACCCACACUUUUGAAAGUUUCACUACACUGGCAUGUUCAGUGUCAUACUUGACCUGCCUCACUACUUGCCCUGCCUCACAACAUGCCCUGCCUCACUACUUGUCCUGCCUAACUACUUGAAUUGCCUCACUACUUGACCUGCCUCACUACUUGACCUGCCUCACUACUUGCCCUGCCUCACUACUUGUCCUGCCUAACUACUUGAAUUGCCUCACUACUUCCCCUGCCUCACUACUUGCCCUGCCUCACUGCAUGCCCUGCCUCACUACUUGCCCUGCCUCACUACUUGUCCUGCCUAACUACUUGAAUUGCCUCACUACUUGACCUGCCUCACUACUUGCCCUGCCUCACUACUUGACCUGCCUCACUACUUGCCCUGCCUCACUACUUCCCCUGCCUCACUACUUGCCCUGCCUCACUACUUGUCCUGCCUAACUACUUGAAUUGCCUCACUACUUGACCUGCCUCACUACUUGCCCUGCCUCACUACUUGACCUGCCUCACUACUUGACUUGCCUCACUACUUGUCCUGCCUCACUACUUGUCCUGCCUCACUACUUAUCAUGCCUCACUACUUGACUUGCCUCACUACUUGACAUGCCUCACUACACCUGCCUCACUCCUUGCCCUGCCUCACUACUUGUCCUGCCUCACUACUUGAACUGCCUCACUACUUGACCUGCCUCACUACUUGCCCUGCCUCACUACUUGCCCUGCCUCACUACUUGCCCUGCCUCACUACUUGCCCUGCCUCACUACUUGCCCUGCCUCACUACUUGUCCUGCCUAACUACUUGAAUUGCCUCACUACUUGACCUGCCUCACUACUUGCCCUGCCUCACUACUUGACCUGCCUCACUACUUAACUUGCCUCACUACUUGUCCUGCCUCACUACUUGUCCUGCCUCACUACUUAUCAUGCCUCACUACUUGACUUGCCUCACUACUUGACAUGCCUCACUACUUGUCCUGUCUCACUACUUGACCUGCCUGACUACUUGACCUGCCUCACUACUUGUCCUGCCUCACUAAUUGACCUGUCUCACUACUUGAUCUGCCUCACUACUUGACCUGCCUCACUACUUGUUUUGCCUCACUAGUUGUCCUCUGUGUAGGGGUCAUUCCCCUGCACCACCCUUGAAAUUUGUGGUAGUUAAGUAAGAGGUAAGUUGGCAUACGCAGUGUUCAGAUUGAUGCUUGUGGUAGACACCAUGAGGUGACCAAAUGAUAAAAUUUUAUGUGCCUACAUAAUGUUCACAGGUCAGGAUGCCAUUCAACGCUGGUCCUGAGAUGUGGCACAUUGGCAAGACAAUACUACUUCUUUCUGCAUUCCUGUGCUCAGUUUAUGCAGCUAAAAAUUGCAGAUGUGAAAAUGAGGAGGACUGUAAGCAGCAAUAUGAAAAAGACAGCCAAUCUAAAGAGGUAAGCUAGCAUCUUGAAACAAUUUAUAUAUUUUGAUGCAGAUUGUAAUCCGUCUUUGUGUUUGUUAUGAUACAGAACAGCAUAUAAAGGAAGAAAGUGGAUGUGUUUGCUUAAAAGUAAAGCAGUUUACCUGUCCACUGUUUCAUGGUGAAUUCAUUGUUUCUAUCUUUAUUUAAAAUUUUAAAGUAAAAAAUUUGUUCAUUUUUAUUAUCUUUAUGACCUAAUGGAGUUCACUGAUAACUAUUAUUUUCUUUCAAUAAUAUUAUAGUGCAUAGAAUCUAUUGAAAUUACCUUUAACCCUCAAUUCCGAAGCCAGUGCUGGUCCAACCUGCAGUCGCUGAUGCAUUUUAAAUGGCACGCCACAACUUUAUAAAUAUUUAUUAUAAAGAAUAAAACAUUUUCCAGUGAAAAUAUUUUUAAAGGACAAUCAUUAGUUCCCUUCUGUUUGGAAACAUGUGAGAGUACAGGAGAUGUUGUCACAUGGAAAAGGGUGGGGCGUGGUGUCAAAAAAGCUAAGGGGUGGGAGUGCUUGACAGGUAGCAGUAAUUUAUGUUCAGCCCAUAGGCAGAGCAACCAUGGGGGAACACAGGGUCACAUGAAAUUGGAUACUGUCUUCUUCUCUCUGUUGCUUGUGCAAGGAAGGUGGCAGAGGGACAGGAGGGAUAUGGGGUAUAACUACUAAUGGCUUGGGAAACCAAAGCUAACUUGAUGUGUAGCUAUUUGUUCAUAGUAGCAAUGCCCAUGCCUCACUAUUGUGACAAGUCAGAUGAACUAGAUAGGUCAGCAUCCAAGUUAACAACUGAGAUUUUUUGGAGGAUAAUGGUUCAGAGAAUUAGAGAUGGGAGUUGGGGUACAUAAGUCUCAAAUGACUGUGAUGGGCAGUGUGGACCAUUUAUGGUACCAUGUUAUUUUAACAGUUAGUCUGGCCAGGUAUGGGAGAGUGUGUCUGUAUUGUUGUGAAGUUGGGGACAACUACCUGGUAUUCAGAGACUGGAGUGUGAGAAGUUCAAUAAGUAGAAAGCAGGAUACAAGCUGUUUUAUUUUUAGUCAGUGCUAUCCAGUCAGGCAGGAUUGUGAGAGACAGUAGGAACGAUUUUUGAACAUAUUUUUUUUUUAUAUAGAAACAAACAUUAAAGAAUCAAUAUUGGAUGACAUAUAUUUCACCUGAUGAAUUUCCAACUGUGGUAAUGUAACAAAACUUUUACUUUGUCUUUGGAAGCACCUACUACUUAAGUGACGCUGGAUUAUCUGUUAUUAACGAACAAAAAGGUAACGCUUUGACUGGUGAACAUUUAGAAAAUCUAAUGAGGUCAGGUGCUACUGAUAACUACCUUAGAUUAAGAAACAGUUACAAUUCAAAGCCAAAUAGCUCAUUAUGUCAGCUCCACUGUUUCUAUUCACUUUGAUUAAUAUUCUUGAUGGGCUGUCAAUGCUACUGGAUUUAGUUUAUUUAUGCACAAGGUAAGAAGUAUUAAUAAUGUGAAAAAUUUUCUUAAAAUUACCCCCAAAAAUGUCUCUUUUAAGAUGUUGUGUUCUACCCUUGGCUUUGUGGAAAAAAAAUUUGUUUGCCCACAGAGUCAAAAAGGUUGGACAGUACUGCCCUAAGCCAUUGCAUGUACAUCACAGAAAGGCGCACAUAUUUGUGUUUUCUAUAUAUACACCAAUUACUUCACACAAAGGGAUACUUAUUUGUGUUUUCUAUACAUAAAAGUAAAUUAUGAAAAGGAGAAUAAAAUUUAUAUAAAAAUUCAGAGGUUGCACUCAUCUCAAAUUUUGCUAACCAUCUAUCUUGUCUAUUUAUUGUUAUUGUUUGUCACAAAUGACCAAGUUUUCAUGUGAGAAUGAACAUUAAAAUCACUGGCACGUGUCACGAUGUCCCAUUGAAAUGUUAAUGCUUUUGUGUAUAAAGUUUUAGUUUUGUGAUAUCAUCUAGUAAUUAUACCGGAAAUUAUAGACAGAUCGAAUGGGAUUUGUCUGAUUUCUACCAAAACCGAAAGAUUUAGAUAUUUUGAAACUCGUUUGUGUCCUCUUCCCGUGGACAUUUAAAAAUGAUGGGGGAAAGUGUCAAUAUUUAUAUUCUUUUUAUUAAAAAUGAGAUUAUCGUGAAUUUUAAUAGAUAAAAUAUCAGUCAGGUCUAUUUGUUUAAUAAUGAAGAAUAUCUUUAUCAAUCAGGUCUAUGCGUUUAGUUAUGAAGAAUAUCUUUAUCAAUCAGGUCUAUGUGUUUAGUAAUGAAGAAUAUCUUUAUCAAUCAGGUCUAUAUGUUUAGUGAUGAAGAAUAUCUUUAUCAAUCAGGUCUACGUGUUUAGUAAUGAAGAAACAGAUGUUGAAACCUGGAGUUGGAACUCAAUCACUACUUUAAUAGUUUCAGCAAGUUUUGACUAUAAUAAUGCAGCUCAAUUUAAAACAAUGUGUGUUGCACAUAGUAAAAAAAGGAAGUUUGGUUUCACAGGUGAGUGUUAAUCAAACAGUUUUCAAGUUUAAAAAAUGUAAUUACGCUGUUUUUAAAAUGAUUAGUCUACUAAAUUAUAAACUUGCUCAUAAUUGACAGCUACAUACAAUUUUAGUGAAUUUUUCAUAUGAAUUUUUAACAUAAUUUUCUGUACAAAUAAGGAGUUUCUGAUAUCAAAUAAGCUGAUAAUAUUAUUUUUAUAAAACACCUGAUAAUAAAAUAAACAUUUGUAAGAAAUUUUACUAGAUCAGACAUACUGUCAAAAUAAAAUAUGUUUUGUCUCAAAGAGUUCACUCCUAUGUCCAUUGCAAACUUCCUCUCAUGUGUAUUCCAGGUUAUGGCAACUGUCACCGUUUUCUUAAAUCAUUUGCUAUGAUCAGCUCUACUUAUUAUUUGAGAUUGUCAAAUGUACUUUGACUCCACAGUGGACAUGACUUUAAAUGGCCAAAUUAAUGUGACAUCGAAUGAAACUCUGCAAUGGAUAGCAACGGUCAAAUCCAAGCAAGCCCAGUGGCAUGCUGAAGUGGUGGCCAUUAAUUUGCUGCCUUACUUUAAGAACGAUGUCAACAGUUCAACAAAAGAUCAUGAAAACUUAGCUGUGCUUUUGAAGAACACCAAGGAUGCAGUCAGAAAUGGUAGUACAAGCUAUACCAUCCAGGUUUGUGCUGAUAGAUUAAAGUAACAUCACUAGAAAUAUGUUUGGGACAUUUUAAGCCACUUUCUGAUUGUAGAGUAUAGGAGUUCAUUGAUCAUUGUUGGGACUGAAUAUUAUGCUUUUAUUACGUGCUGUGUGUGUUUGAGAGUUUUAUAAGUUAGUGAACGCUCUUCCCGCGCUUGACUUAGUGACGUAUUGUCUAAGACGGUAUUGUGACUUAAGUUUCAGUCGUGCGGCAGUCUUGAAAGGAACUUUGUAGAAGUAGGAUGUGUUUUAUUUAUGUCUGAUAGCGAGCUGCGCUAUAUGUAUGUGUUUAUAAUUAGAUAUUAAUUUUAUAAUUAUUAUGAAAAGGACUUGAGUUUAUUCAGUGAUACUAAGAAUAGUACGAUGUAUUACACCGUGUGAAAGAUCAUGACAAAUUAACAUAGGAGUCUACACUGAUUGAACAAAAUUAUAUAUAUAUAUGUUUUAACAGAGGUGGAAAAAAUGUUUUUAUGCUGAUUGAAAGAAAUAUAUAUUUCCCAAAAACAUUAAUCAAAAUGACAUUGAGCAUAAGGUUAUGUUGUUUUUUUAAUGUCUGAAAAGUUAUUUAUUCAGCUUAGCCAUGUUGUUUUUUAUUCAGUUACAUAAAGUUUCCGUUAAUCAGUUUGAAUUGAACUUAUUCCUUAAUUUUUUUAGAAUUAGUUUUUGGCAUUUUUGGUGAAAAUUUACCUAUGAAUAAUUUUACAGUAGAGUUGGGUUAGAAUGUUUUUUUAUUUGUAGCUCUCUUCACUAACAAAAAAAAAACUGUAUGUUAAGAAAAAUACAUUUACGGUAGACAAAAAAAAACAACAGUGAAUGUGUACGCUGAAACAUUGUUGUUGGUUGACUCAAAUAAAAAACAUUUACUAAUAUUGAAACAUAAAGAAACAAAACAAAAUAAAUUGAGUUGUUUAUUCAGUGCCAGUGUAGUGUAAGUGUUCAGCCUUCAUUCAUGAUAAAUGCUUAGUGCUGUCUCAUUGCUUGUCCCAGACAGCUUAACUUCAUCAGAGCUAAGGAAAGGAUUUUUUAAAAAUAGUUCUUCUGGUUAUUUUAAUAACUUGAUCAAAGGCAGUCAAUUAUUUCUGGAGAAUAUCUGCAGUUCAGCCCACAAACCACUGUACUAACAUUGCCAAAUGGACUAUGUAGUUUUACACUUAAUCACACACUUAUAAAACAUAUUUUCCAAAUCCAUAAACAAUAACAUUUCACAUAUUUAUGUUGCAUGCGUCAGUAUGUAAAAAGUGUCCAAUCCAUGAUUCUACAGAUUGCUUGCAUAAUACCCUGGAGACCCCCCUGUUCAGAAAUUGAAGAGGAGUGUGACUUCUCCAAACUGUCCACCGAUGGCUGUGAUCUUUUUAUUAUCAAUCCUGAAAGUUUUACAGAUCUUGAUGGGGUCAAAUGCAUGGCCAGGGCGACUAUUCCAUUUUCUAAAUUAGUUUAUGGUAAUUUGUUUUUUUAUGUAGUGUACGUCACUCAAUGCUAAGUUUAAUUAAUCUCAUUCGUCACGCAGUUCUGGACUAACUCUUUGUUCACCCAGUUCACAAUUAAACAUAAGUUUAAUGACUUUACCCAGAGUUUUACAACAGGAGAAGUUGAAGCAUAGAAUUUUCGAAACGAACUUUUAAAAUAUUUGGUUUGAUCAUGUGACAGAAAAUGUACUUUCCACUCAAGCAAUUUAAACUAUAUUUACAGGACUUGGGGAAGCCCUUGUUCUUAAUUGUUAUAGCAUGUGUGUUGGCCUAAUUUUACUUGUACUUAGAGUUGUGGCCACCACUACUUGUCUCCCCUUAUUUAAAUUUGAUAUUGAUGUCACCGAUUAAAUGUGUGGCGCUGUACCAACCCCACCUCACUCUUGAUUGGGAAAUGCUUGUUUAUGUUCAAAACCUUUCCAAUUUGUUCUAAAGAAUUUUAUCAGGUGAUACAAUGUCUAGAAUUUCUUUUAUGGAGGGUCCCAACUUUCUCCCUAUAAAUAAGCCGGCAGCUGUCCCAGCCGGGGGAGAGAUUUGUGCCAUUUUCCUAGACAAAAGAUUAUACUCUUUGUGUGGAUAUAUUAAUAUUUGUAUCCUUCUAAGAUUUACUUUUUCACUUGCUGUGCUGUAAUUUAAUAUAGUCUAGUUUGUAUUUCUGUCUCUUAGAUUUUGUAAUUUUGUAUAUAAGUUUAACAGUUUAAGUAUACCGUAAUGAAAUUGUUAAAAUCACUAGCAUUGGAAUCGUUUUUCUUUAUGUACUGGUUUUCAGUCCUUUGUUUCGUAUUGUUCAUCUAACAUUCUUAAAACGGAGUUUAAAUUUACAAAACCAUAUAAUAAUAUGUAACAAUAAAUUUGGAAAAAAACUGGACUUGAGUGUUUAGAGAGUUCAACGAUGUUGUCUUUCUUUUAUUACCUUGCUCUUUCCAUGUACAAACCAUUUCAUUCACUCAUACCAUGUUCAGUGUACAUUACCUUGAUCUUUCAAAGUACAAAUCAUUUCAUUCGCUAAUACCAUGUUCAUCAGUGUACUUUUGCCAGCCAGCAUGUACUCAUUUUAACUGCCAGUAAUUUAUUUGUUGCCUGUCAGGUAUCAGCGAGUACAAUGCCCACCAUAUACCAAACAAGCAAAUCAUCUUGGGUGUGCCGUGGCAUGGAUAUGACUACACAUGUCAACAACUGACAGUGAGUAUCUGAUCAGGGCUUCUGGAAUUAUCCUCACAAUUUGUGCAUUGUUUUUCAGUGUUUAUUGCUUAUUAGUUAUUGUUGAUACUGGCAACGCCAUCUGUCUCCUCACCCUGACUCUCAUUAUUAUCAAUGUCACGAUAGUAAUACUCCUGCUUCUCUCUAAUAAUUUUCUGUCGUUCUGCCUCUAUUUCCGCUAGUCUCAUUUCUGGAUCUAGUUUAUCAAGUUCGCGCUGUCCCUGUUUAUCUAUUUCUAUUCGUUGUUCCUCUCCCAGUUUGGCCAAAUCUAAUUUUUCUUCCCUUUUUUUGUUAUUCCCACUUCCACCUGAUAAAUUCAACAAGUGUGUCUCCUGUACAGCGGAGUAAUAUACCAAAGUGCCUAAUUUCCUCCAAACUCCUUUUUCUCACUGUCACGUCCCUCCAUAAUGAUAAUAACCAGGAGCGAGGGCAUAGUCACCAAUAUUUAGCUCCAGACUCAAGGGUCAAAUAUGUAAGGACCAACCGUCCCGUCUCUAUCAACCAAAUUUUGAAAAAAGUUGAAUUAACUAGGGCAAAUAAAUUUAUAAAAAUACACCCAAAGUUUUUAUUGAAAAAAUAAUAAAACUUUCCAGAGAUGGAGGUCCUGCAUGACGUUAAAUAAAUAUUGCUAGGUGACACAAUACACAGAGGUCCUUGAACUAAGUUAAAUAAAUAUUGCUAGGUGACACAAUACACAGAGGUCCUUGAACUAAGUUAAAUAAAUAUUACUAGUUGACACAAUGCACAGAGGUCCUUGAACUAAGUUAAACAAAUAUUGCUAGUUGACACUACACAGAGGUCCUUGAACUAAGUUAAAUAAAUAUUGCUAGUUGACACAAUACACAGAGGUCCUUGAACUAAGUUAAAUAAAUAUUACUAGUUGACACAAUACACAGAGGUCCUUGAACUAAGUUAAAUAAAUAUUGCUAGUUGACACAAUACACAGAGGUCCUUGAACUAAGUUAAAUAAAUAUUGCUAGUUGACACAAUGCACAGAGGUCCUUGAACUAAGUUAAAUAAAUAUUGCUAGUUGACACAAUACACAGAGGUCCUUGAACUAAGUUAAAUAAAUAUUACUAGUUGACACAAUACACAGAGGUCCUUGAACUAAGUUAAAUAAAUAUUACUAGUUGACACAAUACACAGAGGUCCUUGAACUAAGAUAAGCAUAAAAAGUCACAGGCGCUCUGUUCUUGAACUUAAUUAAGUGCCAUUAGUAACACAUGAAUUUCAGUAAUUGUCACUAGACCUUUGGCAAAUCACGGGUUGCAGCACCCGGUGCAGGCGACUGGUUAGGUUUACGGGACGUUGACAGCUCACCCAACACUAGACAGGACAUAAGCACCCACCGAGACUGGACAGUUCGUAGGCAAUUUGAUGAAGUACAGUGCAUAAGUAGGUCGCUGGAAACAGGGCAGGACGUUGGAAAAACACCGACACCGGAAAGUGUGUGGGUGACUCGCUGAUGCAGGAAGGACGUUGUCAAAUCACCAACACCGGACAGUUCAAAGGUACUUAUGGCUAAUCAUUGGACACAGUAGUUUGGCAUAGGCAACCGGACAGGGCAAUAGGAUGUUGACAGCUCACUGGACAGGACAUAAUCACUGGCUGACACUGGACAGUUUGUAGGUAACUCUGGCAAAUCACAGGACACAGUCUUGGGGUGCAGACGACUGGACAGGGCAACAGGAUGUCGAUAGCUCACCGGAUAGGACAGGGGCACUUGCCGAUACAGGAUAGAGCGUAGGCAGCUUGAUACAGGACAAGAUGUUGGUAACUCAUUGAUAAAGGACAAGAUGUUGGUAACUCACUAGAGCUAGACAGGACACAGGUAACAAGAUACAGGGCCGGACAUAGGUCGCUUAUAUAGUCACUGGCCUCUGUAACUCAUAUAAACUUGAUACUUGGUGGCAGCAGGGCCCUGACCAUGAAACACAGGAACAGUCGAUGAUGGUCGUAUAGUUGAAAUAAUAAUAACGCUCUUGCCCUUUACCUCACAGUAAGAAAAUGACGAGUUUUAUUGAUUCCGAUGUUUUAUUUGCUCUCAUUCUUCAGAUUCUUGUACAUGUUCAUAGUCAUUAUACACCGAAGUAAACACAAGUCCUUUUCCAUUGGUAAUGUAACUUUAAUCUAUAAAUAGAUCAAACGGGCUUUACAUUCAAUCACACACAUGUAGAGCACAGCUCGCCAUAAGGAGAAAAAUACACAACCAUCCACUACAAGGUUCUUUCGACAACUGCUAAUGAAUAUGUACAUACGCCAAAGACAGUCGUGACAAUAGUCAUAAUUACAAUACAAAUAUGUCACCAACGAAAUGUCCUGAAGGACAUUUAUUAACAACCAGCUCUCACAAAACACCCCGCCACAAUCAAACACAAUAUCGGGUGUGCAACAAUUUUUAGUGAACUCCCAUGCUCACACUACACACAUUGAAGUAUUGUAUUACUGCUGAAAUUUGAGGUUGUUUUUCUGGUGUAAAAUCUUACUCCAUAAUCUUCUUUAAAUUGCUCUCUGUACUACAAGCUACUUACUGUUCUCAGUCCACUAAGAAAUGUUAAGUCCUGAACAAAAAUUGUCUGAAGCACCCAAUCAUUAUUGAUAUUUGAUUAAAUUAUAUUUGAUCAGGAUACAGUAUAUUUGAGCUAGUGUAAUGUUUAGCUAGCAUUAGUUUGCCACAGCUGGUUUAUAACUGAAUACAUUUCUGCAUGAUGCAACGUGUCUUUGAUCCAUGAAACAAAUUAGGUCAAAUUAGAAAAUAAAUAAAAACUUAUUAGGCGUGGCCUGUCAAUUGAAGGCGGACAAUGUUUCUAUCGGUGGCCACGAAUCAGGCAUUAAUAGUAUAAGAAUCCCUAUUUUCUCUCUAUACUUACAGUGAAACUUCACACCGUCUUUGGCACUUGUAGAUUUGCAAUAUUUUUUAGAAAACAUUUUUCUGUUCAUCGGUGGGAUUUCUGUUUAGAUUUCUUCACUGGGAUCUAGCUGGUCAUUAAACAUAAUAUAAAAUUUAAUGAUUAUUUACACUAAUCUAUCCCAAUAGUUUUGUAUGGAAUAAAAGGCAUUUAACCCUGAUUUCAGAUUGAUGUGUUCUGUUUAGAAAACAUUUUAAAUUCUUGUAGAGCCGUGGAAAUGUAUUCACUUCUGAUCUAACUGGAGUCUUUUUUCUUCUUAUUAUUACUUUAGAAUGAAGUGUGCAUACUGGACCAUGAUGAAAAAUGUCACUAUGCUGAUAGAAAGAUGAUGUCACAUGCAGACCUGAUGUCAAAUUUUUCAGCCAAAUAUUUAAAAAGUGAUUUCAAUGAACUUUACAAUGCACCCUACUUUAAUUAUGAAGUAAGCUGUUCUUUUAUCCUUGUUAUUUUAAUCUUAAUUUUGGAUUUAUUAUUGUAUUGCUGCAACUAAGUGACAAAGACUGCUGAAGAGUAUUCAAAAGCACUUAUACUAUGUUGAAUUUCUUGCUAACAGUUUUAAAUCAUCUAUUUCUUUAUAGCAGUGCAUCCAUAUUAGGGCACCUGUGCACACCCCAUUUUCCAUUCAUAUUCAGAACAAACAUUUAUGCUCUGAAAUAUUAAUUGUUUCUAAUGUUUUAUAGAAGAACGAUAAGCAACAUCAAGUGUGGUUUGAGAAUCCUUCUAGCUUAAUGAACAAGUAUAGGUUGGUCCAUGAACUGGGACUUAAAGGUAAGUGCCUCAAAUGUCUACUAUUGGACAUGUUUUUUCUUACCAAGAAGUUUGGUUUUUAUCAUUUUAACAUUUUGAAGCUAACACUCAAUGGUUGUUGGGGUUUUUUAAGCUUAAAAUUCCAAGUUCCUAUUCUUAGUUCCUUCCACACUGAGUGGUGCAUUGGGCAACAUAUUCUUGGUUCCUUCCACACUGAGUGGUGCAUUGGGCAACAUAUUGUUAGUUCCUUCCACACUGAGUAGUGCGCUGGGCAACAUAUUCUUAGUACCUUCCACACUGAGUGGUGCUCUAGGCAACAUAUUCUUAGUUCCUUCAACACUGAGUAGUGCAUUGGGAAACAUAUUCUUAGUUCCUUCCACACUGAGUAAUGCUCUAGGCAACAUAUUGUUUAGUUCCUUCCACACUGAGUAGUGCAUUUGGAAACAUAUUCUUAGUUCCUUCCACACUGAGUAGUGCACUGGGCAACAUAUUCUUAAUUCCUUCCACACUGAGUAGAGCGCUGGGCAACAUAUUCUUAGUUCCUUCCACACUGAGUGGUGCACUGGGCAACAUAUUCUUAGUUCCUGCCACACUGAGUAAUGCUCUUGGCAACAGUUGAUCUUCCCCUUUCUUUCUCUGUCUGACUUUUUAUUUUCAGCAAUGUCCAGGCUAAUUUCCAACUUAUCCUCUUUCCCUUAAGUGGCAUCCAGUUUAAAGCAGUUUUAGCUAUAUAUAGUGCUGUGUCAGUGCUAGAAGCCUGCAAAGUGCAUUUUGCAUAGAGAAACUGUUGUUUGUGGACCCUGAUACCUGAUAUAAUGCCAUUAUCUUACUCUGACAUCUUUUUUCAACCCUAAUUCAUCAGGCUGAGGCUUGUACUUACUCUUAUUUCUUUAAUUAUUCAAUUCAAAUUUUUUUUUUUUUACAUUUGAAGCUUCCAUUUAUCUGGUUCCCAAUAUUCCCUUUGUGCCUAAUAUUCUCAUUUUGCCUAAUAUUCUCUUUGUUCCUAAUAUUCCUUUUGUUCCUAAUAUUCCCUUUAUUCCUAAUAUUCCCUUCACUUUUCUUGAAUGCCCUCUCAACUAUAUUAUCUCCACUUUUUUAAUGGCUGGUGUGCUAAAGUUGUUCUUAGUUCCACUUAGUGUCACUCUUAGCUACCUCCCUGAAUUAUACAAAUGGUGCAUUGAUCCAUGUGUCACUCUGUCGACUCUUUGGAUGGUACUCUUGCUUCAACACUCUCCUGCCUAACCUACUUUUGAUGUAAACCCUCUCACAUGCCUAAGCAAAGGGGCAUAACUCUGUUUAGAAACUCAUGAUUUAAACAAAAAUAAAUUAUAAAUUAACUUUUUUUUUUUUUUUAUAAUUGUUAUUAAAUAUUGGAAUAAAACUGAAUGGACUUUAACAAUCAUAAUAAAAAAAUAUGGUUAUUUAGAGAAUAAUUAUAACAUCUAAAGUUGAAUGUCCAUGCAUUUCUGUUGUCCUCACAGGUAUUGGUGUUAUGUAUGGUGAUGACCUUGUUUCACAUUUACCCCGUAAAAUGUUUUUCGAUGACCAGGAAAUGUGGUCAUGGGUUAAUCAUGAAAUUAUUCUACAGGCAUCACAAAAACCUGCUAGGAAUGACUUUCACUAUGCAGGUUAGUUAUAAAUAAUGUUAAAUAUUAACCAGCUAAAAAUGACUUUCACUAUGCAGGUUUUUCAAACAUAAUUGAAUAUAUCUGGCCAAAUCUCUUGAAGUUGUUCACAUGGGUUAAAUACAUUUAUUCAGACUGGUUGAUGUGAAAAACUGUUUUGUUAAAAAAAAAAAUUUCAAGUUAAAAAAAACAAACAAUUUUUGUCCAUUUACCUGUAGGGUAAAGAUAAACUAUUUAAACUACUUCACAUGUUUAUUUUAGAAAAGUUUUUUAAUGUAGUGUUUGCAAAGCAGACGCUACUAACCGGAAAAGUUUUUUAAUGUAGUGUUGCAAAGCAGAUGUUACUAACCUGAAAAGUAUUUUAAUGUAGUGUUUGCAAAGCAGAUUUUACUAACCUGAAAAGUAUUAUAAUGUAGUGUUUGCAAAGCAGACGCUACUAACCUGAAAAGUUUUUUAAUGUAGUGUUGCAAAGCAGACGUUACUAACCUGAAAAGUUUUUUAAUGUAGUGUUUUUUUCAAAGCAGACGCUACUAACCUGAAAAGUUUUUUAAUGUAGUGUUUGCAAAGCAGACGCUACUAACCUGAAAAGUUUUUUAAUGUAGUGUUGCAAAGCAGAUGUUACUAACCUGAAAAGUAUUUUAAUGUAGUGUUUGCAAAGCAGAUGUUACUAACCGGAAAAGUAUUUUAAUGUAGUGUUUGCAAAGCAGACGCUACUAACCUGAAAAGUUUUUUAAUGUAGUGUUGCAAAGCAGACGUUACUAACCUGAAAAGUUUUUUAAUGUAGUGUUUUUUUCAAAGCAGACGCUACUAACUUGAAAAGUUUUUUAAUGUAGUGUUUGCAAAGCAGACGCUACUAACCUGAAAAGUUUUUUUAAUGUAGUGUUGCAAAGCAGAUGUUACUAACCUGAAAAGUAUUUUAAUGUAGUGUUUGCAAAGCAGAUGUUACUAACCUGAAAAGUAUUUUAAUGUAGUGUUGCAAAGCAGACGUUACUAACCUGAAAAGUUUUUUAAUGUAGUGUUUUUUUCAAAGCAGACGCUACUAACCUGAAAAGUUUUUUAAUGUAGUGUUUGCAAAGCAGACGCUACUAACCUGAAAAGUUUUUUAAUGUAGUGUUGCAAAGCAGAUGUUACUAACCUGAAAAGUAUUUUAAUGUAGUGUUUGCAAAGCAGACGCUACUAACCUGAAAAGUAUUUUAAUGUAGUGUUUGCAAAGCAGACGUUACUAACCUGAAAAGUAUUUUAAUAUAGUGUUUGCAAAGCAGACGCUACUAACCUGAAAAGUUUUUUAAUGUAGUGUUGCAAAGCAGAUGUUACUAACCUGAAAAGUAUUUUAAUGUAGUGUUGCAAAGCAGACGUUACUAACCUGAAAAGUAUUUUAAUGUAGUGUUGCAAAGCAGAUGUUACUAACCUGAAAAGUAUUUUAAUAUAGUGUUGCAAAGCAGACAUUACUAACCUGAAAAGUAUUUUAACCCACGAACUGUGGCAUGCAUAAUUCUGUGGUGUAGAGCUUUUCAGAGCGUUUUGAGUGCCAUUUGAAAUUGCAUUAAAUGACAUAGAAAUAUUGAUACAAGACCCCUAUAAGUAUACAUUUUUAGAAAAGUAAUUGGAUGGGGAUAAAGUUGGCCGUAUUGCCCACCCCUUAAAAAAAUUUUGCUCAGUGUCCUUGACCUUGGAGUUCUCAAGAAAAAAAAUCGACAAAAUGUCUUGCUUCCAAGUGCUUAGAACAUCAUUAAUUUUUAUAGAUACACUUAAAACACAAAUCUAAAUGUUGUAGGCAAUUCAUUUAUCUUUAAGAAAAUGUAAAGUUUGCUACGGUUCUGAUUGCAAUUAAACGUCUGAAAGCAACUUUAGGUCAUAUUUAUAAGAUACUGGGACCGCUGCUAAAACCAAGUACAAAAUAAAAAAUCUCAGGCAAAAUAGUUCUUAUUAACUAGUAAAAAUUUAAAAAGGAACUGUGGAACUGAUUUGGGUUGUUUAACUAUACAAUUUAUUAGUUCUGAACUAUAAUCUGUAGCUUCUAUGACUAAAAUUCAGUCAGUCCUUGCCCAACCUCCGGGCCUGGCUCGAAGUCUAACAGUAGCCUCAGUAGGCCUACUUCAGUAUCGCAAAGACUAGAAUAAAAUUCACGAGAAGAAUAAUCUCAACUGAUAUCGUCAUGGGGAAUGUUAAAAUCAUCAUCAGUAUCACUUAAAACCUCUCCUAAAAAGUUUUCAAACAUAUUUCUAUUAGUUCUUGCACGGAAGGCCCAGCCAUGGCUUCAACCAUUUUAGCUUUUAAAAAAAAACAGCGGUAUAAUGAUAAGAUAAGAUUCUUUUAUUGAUCCAAAUAAAUGGAAAUGUUUUUUUUUAUUGCAUUAUACAUUUUCAGCACAAAAAUAAAACAAUUUGAACACAAGACAUUUAUAAUAAAUUAUUUCAAACAGCCAUUCAGUGAGUUCUCUUAGCAAAAUCAGGGACUUAUUAGUUCUCAUUCAGAUGUGUGACUUCAGAGGAAGCACGCCGGUAAAUUCGUACAGAUUGGGGAACAAAAUAAUUUUUAUAUCGGUCAGUCCUCGCCCUGAUGGAAAGAAUUCGUCCCGAACGGCCCGAUCCUAAAUAUCUAGGAUGAAGAGGGUGGGAUGUAUCAUCAAAAAUGUGUUUAGUUUUGCAAAAACAUCUUUCUUCAAAUAGUUCUUCAAGUGAAGGAUGUUUAGUUUGUGUUAUGUUUCUAACUUUCUUGAUUAAUCGGUUUAUGCGGUGUUUAAUAUCAGACGUUAAAUUCCCACACCAGCAGGUAAUACUGAAAUUAAGCAGGCUUCCAAUAGUUGCACUGUAGAAUAAGAUAACGACUUGCUUGUUUAUGCCAAAAUUGUACAGUUUUUUGAGGUAGAACAGUCUUUGGUUGAAUUUCUUAUACAGGCUUUGGCCGUGCUCAUGCCAUGUUAGCUUAUUAUUAAUGGUGACACCUCAGUACUUGAACGCCUCCACUUUCUCCACAUUUUGAUUUUUUAUGUUGAGAUCUGUAAUCAGGUGUUUCCCCCUCCUGAAAUCAACAACCAUUUCUUUUGUUUUUGAGACAUUCAACGGGAGAAAAUUUCAUCGCACCAAUUGAUAAAGCUUGUUACUAAGUAUAGGCCUUCUCCUUCAGAUAUUGAGCCAACAAUCGUGGUGUCGUCAGCAAAUGUUAAGAUUGAAAAGGUGUUGCUUGAGCUUUGAAUAUCAUUUGUAUAUAUAGUAUACAGUACAGGAGAGCGAACGCAGAUUAAAAAGUAUUUAUUUUCAAGUUAUCACGAAACAGCUUGAACCGGAAGAUGAUUUAAUUAUUAAUAAAAGGAAGUGGCUAUAAAUCCCGUUAAAUAUUGGAUUGGAUGGUGCUAUCGGAUCGUGUUUUUAUCUGCCGAUUUUUUCGCCCGACACAGUACAUAACGAGAAAGUCAGCCUAUUUCUUCGGCCGACCACAGUUCGUGGGUUAAUGUAGUGUUGCAAAGCAGAUGUUACUAAUCUGAACAGUUUUUUUCUUAUGAAAUGCCACCUUUUUUGUGUUUUUUAAACAGAGUUCUUUUAAUUCACUUAGUUUGCUUCCCCUGCUGUAAAUAGUUUCAGCUCUCCACUGAUUUUUGUGUUGACCAGACAGUCAUUAUGAGGAAAACUAACUCUCAUUUCUUACCCUGCAGAUACUGUGGCAGGAGUAGCUGUGGGUUGUUUACUCCUGGGUACAGUGCUAGGGUUCUUGUUUACCUGCCUGGCUCUGAGAAAAAGGGUGAAAAAACCUAAGGAACCAUUUGCCUCAGACCGACCCAGUGUUGAAGAGUUUGUUGAUGAAGACCCAAAUUUAUGAUGUAGAUAAUUUAUACCGUUAUAUCUAUCAUUUUUUAAAUUAUUUUUUUGCUAGUUAUUUUUCAUUAAUAAAUAUUUUUUCAAAUUUUUUUUUUUUGCUUUA